AAAGCUUGCAAACGUUACAAGCCAAAAAGAUUUAUUUUGAUCUUUACAGAGAAACAAACAAAUGGAAGGUUUGAUUCCAUUCUUGUACAAAGCCUUUGUUAUGUAUAAAAGAGAAAGACGUUUCUCGUCAGUUUUGUUCAGCGAUCAUCACUCUCCUUCCACCGCCGGUUAUUACACGCGACUUCUCGAAGAUUCAUCUGCUAGUUCUAGACCAAAAGAUCUCAGGCUAUUGGGACCAGACCGUCUUGGAAUGUUGGAUACGAAGUCGUCUCCCACUAGCUAGGGACAUCACCAAGUUUCUGCAUGAAUGAUGAUGUAUUAUAUUUGCGCAUAUAUAUUGGUUUGCAUGACAUUGUGUUAAUUGUAUACUGACUGUUAUUAUAUUUCUAAGAAAAAUUAAAUUUGCUAAAAUUAUCAAAAACUAAAUGGUUCCUAAAGUGAAUGUAUACCGAAUGAAUUUAUGUAAAAAUUAUUUCUUC